AUGGCCAACCCAAUGGACAGUGACGCUGGAUCCGAACUCUUCAACAACUAUGAAGCCGAACUCAAGCUCGUCCAAGCCGACCUGAACCAAAAGCUCGACCAGCUGCCCGAACUCGCCGGGGAAGAGCGCAAGGCUGCCAUCGGCCGAGCACAGCGUUCCUUGGAGGAGGCCACUGAGAUCGUAAGUCGCUUCUUAACACGACUUAGCACAUCUCCCACUGACUCUGCACCCACAGNNCUGGACUCGAUGCGAUUGGAAAAGGAAAACCUGCCCGCAAACCAAAAGACCAAGACGAACCAGCGCUUCCGCAACUACACACACGACAUCGACAUGGCCAAGCAGAAACUCAAGGGCCUGUCCAGCGACAAGUCCGCUCUCUUUGGAAGACGCUACACCGACAAUCCUACCAGCGACGAUCAGCUUGAGCAAAGACAACAACUCCUAUCAGGCACCGACAGACUCGACCGUUCGAGUGGCCGCCUACGCGAAAGUCAGCGCGUUGCUCUCGAAACCGAAGACAUUGGUCGCAACACUCUUGCCGACUUGGCCAGACAACGAGAGGUCAUUGAGCACUCUAGAGACGUGCUCCUCGAGGGUGAGGGCUACACCGACAGGAGCAACAAGACAUUGAAGCAGAUGGCUCGUAGAAUGGCUACGAAUAAGAUAAUCACCAUCGCCAUCAUCACUGUUCUGGUUCUCCUGAUUCUUGCUGUCAUCAUCAGCAAGUUCAGAUGA